AACAUGUUCCCCCAAACCGGAAGUUGCAUGUGAAACAAGAAAUUUUUAGUGAAAGUGUUACACUAUUUAGUUUUAAGUUUACUCGAAAUGUACAGUGUCAAGCCUUACUAUGAAGAUGACGUGGCGAUAUCUGUACCUUCCAAUAUGUAUAAACUGAAGAAUCUACACCAAGCUGAGAAAGGCGUGUCAUUAACGGGUGGGGGUACAGAUGACCUGGAUACGGUAACAAGUCUAGAAAGGAGACAGGAAGUAAUCCUACAGCGUCUGGAGUGUCUGAAGAACGUUCUCCAGGGAUUGAAAUCCAAGUACAAAACUCCAGAUACCCCUGACACUAGUGUGACAUCAAAUCUCAACAACAGACCAGCGGGAAAACCAAUGGAUCUGGGAGAUGGUGUACUUGAUUUGGUUGUAAGUGCUGAUCCGGAUCAGGUUCCGUACUCUCUGUUUGUGAUGUUCCAGCUGCUCCAGGAGAAAUUCCGAGUCCGGGGAUCUACACACAUACACUCAAGUGUGACAUCCAAAUGUCCUACAAAUCUCUUUCCUCCAUGGGAUGGUAGAUCUGAAAAUCAAAUCAUCCUUACCCUGAUAUGGAAGAAAGUACCCAGUGGUCCGCAGCUGGUGGUUUCUCCUCUGAGACAAUCAGUGAUACAAGGUGAAGUGAAUAUGAUACGCUACAUCAGACGCCUCCUCGACCCCACUGCAGAAACACGGGAUCCUGUUACCAUGGCAAUCUGUGAUGAGGUACUGGAUUUGGUGCAGUCUCGGUUAAUUGAUGGAAAUUCCAAAGAAAGAGAUGCUGCUCUGAGAACACUCAACUCCAGAUUGGGGAGGACCUCGUGGCUUGUUGGUAAUUCCAUGUCCUCAGCAGAUAUCGCCGCCUGGUCAGGCAUUAAUCAUUGUAAACUGGCUGCAGAUCUCCCCGCGAAUGUCAAGAAAUGGUUCAAAGCCUGCGAUAAUAAUGCCAUGUUCCAGUCGGCUAGGCGAGUGCUAUUAUAAUGCUGUCAAACUCUUUCUGAAUGUGCAUGUGCUAAAUUUGGUUGAAUGAAAUUUGAAAUAAAUAUUUAUUAUGGAUGUCA